GCUGAGUGCGCAUGUUUCUGGUGGGGAAGGGCAGCUUACGGAACCGCACGGGGAAUAGGGCGUGUGGGUAGCCGCACGGGGGAGGGGCACUCACGAGCACGCACAGAAGGACGCACGGGAACGUACCAGGUCGAAGGAGUACGUAUGGAAGGGGAAAGAAGACGCACGGGCGGGGGAGCAAGACGCACGAGCACGUACUGGCUCGCAGGAGUACGCACAAGAGAAGACACGGGAGACAUUUGGGCGCACGAGCAUUGAGCCCAUGGAGUCAUUGGGGCGCGGGGUGCCGCGCCUGCUCCAGCUCACGCUGGCUCUAAUCAAGCCAGAUGCUGUGGCCCACCCCCUGGUCGUGGAGGCCAUUCACCAGCAGAUCCUGAGCAACCAGCUCCUCAUUGUGCGGACACGGGACCUGGUUUGGGGACGGGAGGACUGCCAGCGGUUUUACCAGGAGCACUCAGGGCGCUUUUUCUACCAGCGCUUGGUGGAGUUCAUGGCCAGUGGCCCCAUCCGGGCUUACAUUUUGGCUCACAAGGAUGCCAUCCAGCUCUGGAGGAGCCUGAUGGGGCCCACCAAGGUGUUCCGAGCUCGUUAUGUGGCCCCCGACUCCAUUCGAGGGAGCUUUGGCCUCACUGACACCCGAAAUACUACCCAUGGCUCAGAUUCGGUGCUCUCUGCCCGAAGAGAGAUUGCUGCCUUCUUUCCUGACUUCAGUGAGAGCCGAUGGUACCAGGAGGAGGAGCCCAGGCUGCGCCUUGGGCCUGUGUACUACAGUGUGGAGGGGGGGGUGCAUUAUGUGGGUGGGGGGGAGACCAGCCAAGAGCUCCCACCCUGAGGGCAGGAGGAUACCCUAGCUCUGUUGCUCCAGGAGGAAGGGGUGGUAAGAGGCAGGGGGUGGACCAAGGGGUCCUGUCAUUAAACCUGCUUGAGCCUCA